CCCCCCUUUUAAGUCGCAUCCAACAAGAUCCGCAUUCACCCAUCUCAACAGGAACCACCACUCGAAGGAUAUUCUCCGCUUUCCCUCGAUUUUUUUUCUUUGAAAUAUACUCGCAUAACUAUUCCUGGACACGAGAAAUCCUCUAUACAUACUAUGGCUUUGCGCCGCUUUAAGUUCUUGGCUCGCGAAUAUUCGGAGGGGCAAGCUAAGAAAUGCGACGAGGCUGUAAGAAGAACUUUGAUAAAUUUGGCCAUAACAGAAAUUGUCUUCAACCAUCUAACACCGCAAGCAAUUCAGCUUUCCGAGGAACAGUAUGGUCUGUUCACCCUGAGUAGCGUAUCGGAGAAUAAUCGCCAUCAAGUUGAUGUCAUUGCUGUCCACGGCCUAGAUGGACACCCGUUCAAAACCUGGCAACAUUCCAAUGGGAAGGUCUGGCUAGCCGAUUUUCUACCUGCUCAACUUCCAAACGCUCGGAUCAUGACAUAUGGAUACAAUUCGUCUGUUUUGGUCAGUAAAUCAGUCGCAGGUAUCGACGACUUUGCGACUGAUCUUCUUUUCAGAAUAUCUAUGGAACGCCAGUGUGCUGCCGAAAAAGCGCGGCCGAUCAUUUUUGUAUGCCACAGCAUGGGGGGCUUGGUGGUUAAGAAAGCCCUUAUUCUAGCACAUGAACGCUCCUCAGCCCACGGUGCAUUGCUUCGUAAUGUUUUCGGGGUUAUAUUUUUGGGAACACCUCAUAGAGGGUCACGGAUUGCCUCAUGGGCAUCAAUUGUUGCUUCCGCAGCGCGAGCAGCUCAGUUAGGCACAAACACCAAUAGCGCUCUUGUUACCCUUCUAAGCUCGAACUCCAAUGCACUCUGGGAUAUAUCCACUCAGUUUGUUGAACGCGCCGAGGGUCUUGAUAUUCGUACCUUCUAUGAGACGGAAUUAAUGGAAGGGAUGCACUCUCUGAUAGUGGAUAUCGACUCUGCAAGGCUGAAUCUACCAAAUGAAUUGGCGAUACCAAUUGGCGCAAAUCAUCGGGAUAUGUGUAAAUAUCCCAGCAUAAACAGUCAAAGAUAUCGCCCGGUAUGGGGAGCUCUGCAGGAGAUGGCAGAAAGCGCGAUCAACCAUGGGCAGGAAAUACCUGAGCUCCAUCAAAAAAUCCUAGCCUGUCUACACCGCACCGACUAUGAGGAAUACAAGGAGACGAUUGAUACUCCUGUCGAAGGGACAUGUACAUGGUUUCUAAAGAACUUCAAAUUCCAAGACUGGCUUCACGAGGAAGGUUCCAGCGCCCUCUGGGUCUCUGGUGAUGCUGGAAGUGGAAAGACAGUCCUCUCGACUUUUCUGAUUGACAGUUUGAGAGAGAAACUAUCCAAAUGGUCAUCACCGACUACCGUAUGCUAUUUUUUCUGCGACGAAAAGCUAGAAUCUCAAAAUGAUGGGAGUGCGAUUCUCGCUGGGCUGCUUCAUCAAAUAUUCUGUUCGAACUCAAAACUUAUCCAUCAUGCGGAAAAUCGUUUCAAGACAAACAAUACUCGGAUAACCAGAGGAUUCCAAAGCCUUUGGACUAUCUUCAAAGCAGUCUGCGAAGAUCCAUUUGCUGGAAAUUUUAUAUGUGUCGUCGAUGGUCUCGAUGAGUGUGACGAGUCGUCCGGGCGACAAUUCAUUGAACGUAUUACAUCCUACGUGACGAGUAAAAGCCGAUCAGAUAUAUCCUCUAUCAAGGUUUUCAUGACUAGCCGAGGGGACAAAUCGAUUGAGGAUAGCUUUCGGUCCUUUGACAAUAUUCGAAUCCGAGCAGAAGACUUGGUGGAAUUCACAAACGCAGACGUCGCUAAACUGAUAAGAUUCAGAUUGGACAAAAUUCAGGCAGCUACAUUAUGUUCCGACGACACCAAGCGGAGGAUAGAGUGUGAACUAACUAAAAAAGCUGACCGCACGUUUCUCUGGGUAUCGCUCAUUCUCGAUCUUAUCGAAAGAAGCUCUGAUGCCUCCGACGAGGGACUUAUUCUGACCAUGUCCAUUUUGCCCCGGGAGCUGAACCAAGUUUAUGAAACUAUUCUUGACCGAACCCCGGACCCAAAAAGUCUUGUGAAGCUGCUAUCAAUUAUAGUUGCGAGUCAAAGACCUCUCAGCCUCACUGAGCUCAACAUGGCUCUUAGCAUUCGUCCUUCUGAUAGGUCACGAGUGGAUGUCCAGCCAAGAUGGCAACCCAAUAUGUCAAGGAGGAUUAAAGGCGUCUGCGGCCCAUUUGUGCGUAUAAUUCAUGGAAGAGUUUAUCUGGUUCAUCAAACGGCAAAAGAAUUUCUUCUCUGUCCUUCCAAUUUCGAGCGAUCCCCUCCAUUCUCUUGGGAACAUCGACUGGAACUUUCUCAAGUACACCUUGAGCUUGCCCAAAUCUGCAUCUGGUACCUCUCAUUUGAUGACUUUGCGGCAACACAGUUUCCUCAAAUCACCCAUGAUGAAACGGACCUUUACUCAAUUAUGAAUCUCCAAUCAAACCCACACGAACUUUUAGACUAUGCGUCAAAUCAUUGGGGAGCUCAUGCUCGACUUGCGGCGGAUACUGCAGCCGGACCAGACCUCCUGCAAAAUGCACUUCGGCUAGUCAACCCUCGUUCAAAAAAUUUCCAGACCUGGUUUCAGCUGUACUGGAUCAGUAUCGCUAAAAUUUGGAGGUUCCCUGAUCAUCUCACAUCGUUGAUGAUAGCCUCUCACAUGGGGCUUCGGAAACUUGUUCAACUGAUCACAGAGAAUGAAGUCAACCUAAACACUCAGGAUGAAGAGGGAUGGACAGCUCUGCACUGGGCAGUCUGGGAAGGGCAUGGAGUUAUUUGGGAUGGGAGUGAGGCUGUGAAGUAUCUACUGUCCUUGGGGGCUCUCCCUACCGUAUUCGACAAACAGGGAAUGGCCCCCUUGCACUGGGCAGUUGCAGACGGACAAGAGAAUAUCGUCAGAUUGCUCUUGGACUCUGGUGCUCCUGUUGAUAUAAAGGACUGUCGAGGCAGUACGGCCCUUCACCUUGCAGCUGAGAAUGGCCAUGUUGGAGUUUUGGAAUUGUUGAUAGAUCACGGAGCCGACAUACAUGCAGUGGAUUGUGAUGUGAUUGACGAUACCAAGUCUGAAGAGGCUGGUAUAUCUAUUAACCCUGCAAAAAGAAAACGAGAAGGACACGAAUAGAUCUCAGAGAAACAGCGGUCAGGGCAAUUUCUCCGAAAUUACACGUCUCGGUUUUUAAAUAGCAACCCACGGAUAGAAUAUAAGUUGUAAUUUCUCGGCCAAGGUAUCAAGUGGCAGCUAAAGAGAUCACUGCUGACUCGACGUUGGGGAGAGAGCCCUGCAAGUAUAAAUAAUUAUAUCUGCAUAUCCUUCUGGACAGCCAGC